GUUUUUUUUCACCUAAAAGCCCAACCGCCCAAGCGACGGCCAUAGCCAAAAACCCUAACCCGCCGCCACGCCGCCCUCCCUCCACCCGCGCCGGCGCCGCUUCUCCCCACCGAUACAGGCCAAACCCCUCGCGCGGGGGCAUCGGAGGCGGAGGAGGGAUGUCGUCCGACGGGGACAACAAGCGGCUGUUCCGCGCACGGCGCACGGCGCUACAGAUGUUGGCAGACCGCGGGUACAAGGUGAAGGACGACGAAAUCAAGCUGUCCCUGUACGAGUUCGUCGAGCGCUACGGAGACCCCGUCCGCCGCGACGAGAUCGUCAUCCAUUGCGAGAAGAAGGGCGACCCCAGCGACAAGGUCAACGUCUUCUUCCUCGACGAGUCCAAGACCGGCCUGGCCGUGGUCAGGAGCUGCGUCGAGAAGAUGAAGCUGGGGAACGCCACCAAUGGCAUACUCGUCCUGCAGAAGGCGCUGAGCGGCCCGGCCCGGACCGAGGUCGCGCAGAGCAAGAAGUACCACCUCGAGGUCUUCCAGGAAGGGGAGCUUCUUGUAAACAUUACUGAACACCAUCUCGUUCCGAAGCACGAGCUCCUGAGUGACGAGGAGAAGAAGGAGCUGCUGCAGAAAUACACUGCCCACGAAACUCAGCUCCCCAGGAUUCAGCUCACGGAUCCGGUAGCAAGAUACUACGGCAUGAAGCGUGGGCAGGUGGUGAAGAUCACCCGGCAGAGCGAAGUUGCCGGACAAUACGUGACCUACCGCUACGUCAUCUGAUCCUCACCAACGUAUCAAGGCUUGAGGUUGGUCUGGGAAUUAAAAUGGUUCCUUCGUCGCCAAACCCUCCCAGUACCAGAAAGAAGCAUUGCUGUGUGUGUGGAGGAACCAAGGUGCUCGCUGAAGUGGCUAGGUGCCCCUUUGUAACUUCCUGGCAAUUUGACAUGAAGUGGCUAGGUGCUCUGUGUGUGUGUGUGUGGAGGAACCAAGGUGCUCGCUGAAGUGGCUCGGUGCCCCUUUGUUUGUAACUUGCUGGCAAUUUGACAUGAGUAUGUUAGCUAGAAAAAUACAGUAGGUUUCUGUGUAGAUGUGUUGUGUUCCGUGCUGCUAAAUACGUGACUCUCGACUAUACGUGAGAUGCCUUGGUCUGUUGUGAAAUUCAGUUACUUGUGCGCCCCGGUAUUUUUGUUA